GUAACAGGUGUACGAAAAGAUAAGGUUAACGGUUGAUUCUUACUGCCGCGAUUUUGUUUUCUUUGUCUUACUUAUCAACGACACAAACAUUUUAGAGUGUCUCUGAUGAUGCAUGUUGCUUCUGUUCCAAACAGAUGGAUCCCCCCUCCGCUUCAUGAUGACUCCUAAGAAGUUAGAGGUCAAGGUCUCUUGUAAAUCCUGGCGAAACUGUGCUAUUUUUGAAGUCGCAUAAAUGUGUGAAGAGGUUAAAGGGUUGUGUAACCAGUGAGUGCCUUUGGUCAGUCAGGUAUCUUCAAGAACCAUGAAGGAUAUCAAAACAUCAGCGGCAGCACUGAGAGCACUUGUGGAGCUAGGAUAUCCUCUGGAACUAUCAAGGGUGGUUGACUACUUGAAAAACUUGGAGAGUAAGGAUGAACUCCUACAGUUUGACAACGAAGAAGGUCUGUGUAAUUUCUUGCAAAAAUAUCCAACGAUGUUCUGGGUUGAGGGGGGGAAAGUGUUUCCUGCGCAGAUGAAACCUAAAGGGAGGCCCUCACCUCAAACACAGCAAAGCCAACCUAAAGCUCAGGGAGUAUCGAACAGCACUGACAAAGCUACGCAACUGGAACAGAAAGUGAAUAAAGUUGAGACACUAGAGGGAGAUGAGAAGAAGAACAGAAACCUUGAUUCUGCAGACAUUGCCAAGUUGCGAGAAGAUAGCAUCAAAGCUAUAGCAGCAGUAUUGAAGAGGGAGGGACCAACGAGACUCAAAGCUCUGCUGAAAUAUGCGCAUGAAUUACCACCAGAGGUUAGACUAUUUGUCGGGAAAGAGGAGGAAAGCAUCAUUUCAUUUAUUCUAGAACAACCUGACGUCUUUUUCAUUGACGAUAAUGAUGUUGUGUUUCAUGUUAGCACAGUGCACAAGGAGGCUGCGCAGGAAUUUAAGUUGGUCUUGCAAUCAAGAGGAAAGUUACAUGUUGACAGGCUUACAGGUCACAUAAGCAGUUCCAAGCACAGGCAUGCCAUUCUUUGGUUUAUAGGUGGCAGAUCUGAUGUUGAGAAAUUCCUGAAGGGGUAUCCAAAUGUAUUCAGAGUAGAUGACAGUGGAACUGUGAGUUUGAUCAAUGCAAAAUCAAAACAACCUACACUUGCCAGUGCAUGUUCAGGAGAAAAAGCUACAACCACUGACACCACUACAAAGGUGGCAGUGGAUUCGCUAAGCAAUAAGACAUCAGAACAGCUCAAGACGAGCAAGGAGAACAAAUUGCUAGAAGAAGGAGUAAAACAUUUCAGGGAUGUCUUACAAGUGAAAGGAAGUAUGCCGAUCGAAAGGCUCUUUGGACACGUGAACCAGUGCAGGGAUGAAGUUAAACGCGCAAUAGGUACCAAAGAGAAUGAGGUGGAAACAUUCUUGCACAAGUAUCCAGAGGUAUUCAGUAUUAGUAGAAAGCGCAAUGUCUAUCUAGUAAGUUCCAAUGCAAAGCAACAACAAGUAAAUCCAGGCAAAGACAAGCUGUUGGCCAAUCCAAAGACAAAACAAUGCAAGGAAUCUGUGGCGAUUAAAGAAGAAGGUGUCAAGCACUUCAAAAAGGUACUGGAGUCAAAGGGCAGUCUACACAUCAAAAGCCUCUGUGGGCACAGUGGCCAGUACAAGUAUGUAGAUCCUAUGCUUAAGAUUAUUGGUGGAGGCCCAUCAUCAGUUAUGGAUUUUCUGAAGGGCUUUCCUAAUAUGUUCAGUAUAGGUGAUGACGGAAUGGUGCAUCUCACAUCUCAGUCACAGGCAAACAAGCCAGGAACAGAAAACAGAAGUUAUGCAAUGGUAGUAGAGACUGGCCAGAAAGUACAAGCAAAAGCAGCAGACAGUAGUCACCUGCAAGACAACAUAAAGGGUAAAAGUGCAUCAUCAACUGCAGUAGUUGGUACUCAUGACAAGACAGCAGGAAAAGCUAAGAAGGAGAGUAUUCUACUUGAAGGAGUCCAGCAUUUCAAGCAGGUCUUGGAGUCGAAAGGGAGCAUGCCUCUUAAGAACAUAUUUGGACACGUCAACCAGUGUAGGAAUCAAGUGAAGUGGGCUAUUGGUAGCUCGGUGGACAACGUGAAAAAGUUUCUUCUAAAGUAUCCAGAAGUCUUUUACGUUGACAAGAAGAUGGUCGUACAUCUUGCAUGUAACAGAGCAAAGGAACAACAGCAAGAACAAAACAAGCCAAACAAUAAGCAGCUUCAGAUUGAAGAAAAGGCUUUGGCACACUUUACAGAGAUGCUAUCCAGGAAAGGCCCAUCAACCACUCAUGUGCUCAGCAGUUGUUUCAGCUCUUGUGGUGAAGACAUCAGGAGGCAUGUUGGAAACAGUAAGGAAGGACUGAUAAAGUUCUUCAGGAAACAUCCACAGAUAUUCAAAGUGGAUGCCGAUGAAAUUGUUUACCUCAAGAGCACCGGUUCAAUGCACAUUCAAAGUAUGGUCUUUAAGCCUCAAAGGUGGGCAAGUUGUGAUACACUAACUGUGCCAUGUGACACUGUGUUUCCAAAGGUUCUCAGUAAGUUGAGCGGCAGUACACCAGAUGUCAGGAGUGCUGUAGGUGGAGGAACACUUCAGCAAGAAGAAGAGGUUAAAGACAAACUCAGCCAACAGGAUCGUAAAGACAAGUAUGAAACAGGUGAUGGUACAUCUACAUGUACAUCUAUGCCAUGUCCGCAAACACAACAUACCCCAAAUCAGAAGGCUGAUUCUUCCAACAACUUUCCAGACAAGUUCAUCUCUGCAGUGAAGGACAUAUUAUCUAAGAAGGGAAGUUUGCAUGUUGUUCAGCUUGUUGAUAAGUUAGGCACCAUGCUUCCACAUGAAAGGUUUGAGUUGAGUGGAGUGAGGCUUCUUCUGAAGAAAUGCCCAGAAGAUUUUCAUGUGAACGACCAAGAUAUAGUUGAGGAAGUCCCACCUAUGAAUGUCUUUGCAGUGGUAAAUAAGAUGCUUGGUAACAACAGUUGUUUUGCAACAUUGGAAGAUACUAGUAUUGUGUAUGUCCACAUUGCUCUGUACAGAGAGAGGAUGGGGGUUGACUGCACCAGGCUACAGGAUCAUCUAUCUACUGGAGAUAUUCUACUGGUAGACACAGAACAUGGCACACCUGGGAGUAGCUCGAAGUGGACAGCAACCAACAUAAGAGCAGUAUUCAAGUCUCCUAAAAGUGUUGAUGCUGACAAAAAUGGAGUGAACUUCCAAACACCCAUGCCUUUCCUGCCUGCAACAACAAUUGUAAGGUCUCCAUCUGAGAUCUGUGGUGCUAUUGUAAAACUUGUGGCUUCUUCAACACUUCAUGUCAAAGAUCUCAGCUCUAGGAUGAAGUACCUAAACCAUGAUGCAGUUCUGUAUCUCAGGGAAAAGGGAGGACUUCUGUCCUUCUUGCAGAGCCAACCACAACUGUUUCUGGUACAGGACAAGUGUGUUACUUUGGUGGCAGGGGAAGGAGAGCUUGAUGAGGGCACCAGUCAGUGCUUAGCAUCUCCAGGAGCAAGAUGCACUAUUGGAGAAGUCAGUGUGAUCUCCAAGAACAUUGCACAUCUUCACCUUCCUGAUGAUAAAGAAGCUAUACUUGACCUUACAGAUUCCAUUACCACAUCUCAUCUCAGUGUUGGAGACUGUUUGGUAGCCUAUAUUAAUAUUGUGCCUUCUAACCAAAGUGAAAUCCCCUGGGAGGUGUCAGAAGUCAAAUGUGUCAUGGGGAUAGCUGUGCCUGCCCAGGUUCAUGCCAAAACUGCAACAGCCACAUGUGGUAGUCACCUUCUCAAAUAUGUACUUCAGCAAUGUGUUCUUGAGGAAGAGGUGGACACAGUACUUGCCUGGCACCGACUACUAAGUCAGACGACUCAAGUCACAUUUGAAGAAGUUGAAGAAUGUUUGAAGGGCCUAUCCCAGAAAUCAAAGAUGCACACCUUGCAGCAAGGAGUUCCUUGUGAGUUCUUUGAGAAGUACCCUACACUUUUCCAUGUUGACAGAUUCAGGAAGACAGUGAGUCUUGUUGAAUGUAGUCCAAUGAGCAAGACACUGUUUGUUGGCGAUGUGAAACAUGUGAAAACUCUUCCAGCUCAGGUUGAAGGAAAUACACAGACAGUCACAGAAAAACCUCCAGUGCUGGGGAACAGUGUGGCUAGUGCUGCUGACACAGACAAAGAUGCUGUGGAGUUCUUUAAAAGCAUGGUAUUGGCAAAAGGUCAGGUUUCUGUCCAAGUUCUCAGUACCUGCUUUGAUGCCUGCCCAACGGCCAUCAGACAACAUGUAGGGAGUAGCAUGAAAGGCUUGGCAAAAUUCUUACGGGACCAUCCUGACACAUUCAGCCUAGAUAAGAAUGACAUGGUGUGUGCUUUGAAAGAUACCUUCAAGACCGUAAAACAAGGAAGGGAAAUGGAUCAAAUUGCCCAGAAGGCAGUUGCAUACUUCAAGGCAAUACUGUCAAAGAAGGGUCCCUUGACUAUCCAUGUGCUGAGUAGUGGCUUUGGCCCUUGCCCUAAAAACAUCAGGAUGCAUGUUGGCAGUAGUAAAUUUGGGCUGACAAAUUUCUUCUUUUACCAUCCAGAGAUAUUUACAGUAGAUAAAGACCAAGUUGUGAGUCUGACUGACAAAACAUCAGCUGCAGUGGACCAUUCCUUGCCACCCAGCAAAGAUGGUGGUGACAAGCUAGACUCCAAUAGCUUGUCUGUUGGUACGUUGGUAGAUGCACAGGGACAACAUCAGCACUCGGCACCCACACCACUAGCUGUGGAAGAGGACACAGAUGGUGUCAAUAACCAGAAGCAAACUUCAGAUUAUGCAGAAGGUGUGAGGGAUCAGUCCAGCCUUGGUCCAGCCCUAUUGCUGGAAGUAGGUGAACUUUCUUCCAAUGUACAAGAAGACAGGAACAUCUCAACAGUACAAGAUGCCUCAAGAAGCAGUUGCCCUCAAUCCCCAAAUCCUCCAGUGUUGUAUAGCUCAGAAGAGCAACACUUAGAGGAUCAAGCAGACCAAGAACCACAGCAAAAGGAUCAAGCUGAGAUAGAGAAGGAAACAUUGGAGCUUAUUGUUAACCUGGUGCAGAAAUCUGGACAGGUGUCCUUGACGUCACUUCAAGGUCAUAUCAACCUGCUCGGUGAGGAGAAACAAGAUUGCAUUAAGGACAAAGGAGGGCUUUUAACUUUCCUUCAGCAUCACUAUGGCACAAUAUUCAAUAUAGAUCCUACAUCUGAAAGUGUCAGUCUCAGGCAGAAACAAGAUGUGCAAAGAACAGAACCAGAUUUCUUAACCAGCAGUAGUGCAGAAGGAGAACAACUGCAACCAAAACAGCUAACAGUUGAGGAAGAAGUGGAGAAUGUCAGGUCUUCACUGGAAAAGACGUCAAUUCGUGUUGACAUUUCUGAUGCAGAAGACAGCAAGAAGAAUGUACCCAUGAAAGAAGCUGAAGAUGACAGUAGGACUUCAUUUUUGAAACCCAUGCAUCCCACAUGUACAGAAGAGUGUGAUGAAGUGGACACAGUUGUAACACCCUCUGUAUCGUUUACGCAUGAGACAGAUGCUGUAUCUCUUCCUAUACCCACUGUCCAGACUCCAAACCCACAACUUGAACAAUACUUGAAUCAAGAAGAAGCAGUCUGUGACAGUUUGGGUCUCCCAACUGCAACCGUUCACCCAGUUGUACCCGUGGACAACCCUCCUGGACAACCUGAUGAUGACUUCACAUCCCUGCUGCACAUGUUCAAGGACAACCUCAGUCCUAUCCAGGACAACCUGGUGGAAGUGGAGAUGGACAUUGGGAGGAUUCCAAUCGCCAGGUACUACAAUCCAGCAAGUCCAAACCUCCUGGCUCCCCUCAGACUGAGUGAAGAGACACUGACCAGAGAAACUUUAGAAACCAUCCUGUCUGCCCUGCCGCUGGACAGGUCUGCCACUGGACAGGGUAGAGUUCUACUCAGGGGUUCUCUACACUGGGUCAGCACACUGAAGAACAGUUCAGACGACGUAGUUGGGCUAACCCUGAGGAGAGGCCAGGCAGUGCCUGGUUGUCUGGACCUGUUGUGGGACAUGGUGACUUCAGGCACCUCCACACUCAUCAUCGGACGGCCCUGCAGCGGGAAGACCACUCUCCUGAGGGAGUGGGCCCGAGUACUGAGCGAUGUCUGCUACAGGAGGGUCAUUGUGGUAGACACACUGAAUGAGAUUGCAGGUGGAGACGAUGUCCCACAUCCAGGUGUGGGAGGUGCCAGGAGGGUUCAGGUGCAUAACAGGUGCCAGCAGGUGUCCCAGCUGCAGACAGCUGCGAGGAACCACUCCCCUGACUGCAUCAUUGUUGAUGAGGUACAGACCCUGGAGGAGGUUACAGCACUACAGGCCAUCAGACUUACAGGUAUACAGGUGAUAGCCGGGGUGUGUGCAGGCAGCCUUCCUGACCUCCUGCACAACAGUGUCAUGAGAGGACUACUGGGGAUGUCAGAUCCACCUUCCUCCACCUCAGCAUCACGUGGAGUUAUUCCCCAGCCUCCAACAUUCCCACAGGCCCUUCCAGUGUUUCAGGCCGCAGUGCAGAUCCACAAUAGAGACAACUUGUCGGUUUACUCGGACGUUGCUUCUUUUGUGAGGAUGUCGCUGUUAGAAGGAAGGUUUCCUCUUGCACAGCACAGGAAGAGGGUUGUCACAAAUGGCAGGCAGACAGAGCUGUAGCUAGGGGGCAAAAAGUGUCCUACAACAAUGCUGCAUGGCGCAUGUUGUAAGACAAACUUUUUGACCGUGUAAACUUUCGAACCUUUUUGUGCAAUCAACUUUGUGGUCAUCAUUCACGACUAAAUUGUGCUGAUUUUACAGUACAUGUACAUUCAUAAAAGAACAAUUCAUUUAAAAGAUCAUCAGCAUUGAAAACAAUAAAACAUGAUACAGGAAUAUUAAAAUCUGCUCACAGCAACAACAACAACGUAAACACAGAGUUUUGCGGGCAUUACAUCAUCGACAGAGUUCUAGGGAUAAAUGAGUUGUUGUGUCUGUUAGACUUGCUAACAGGUGGUUUCAGUCCCACAUGGUGGCAAAGGUUGUAGGGUGUUUCCACUACCGGGGGCAGGAACUGUCUGCAGGGAUGUGUGGGGUCCUUCAUGAUCUGCUGCAGCUCACGUAGAGAGGCAUCAUGACGUCUGGACUGCAGCGUGGGGAGCUGGUGAUGUUCAAUGCCAAUGAUUUUGCAGCAGAGUUUUUUUAACCUUUUCUAGCUCGUUUGAUAGCACAGCACAGCACAACACAGUACUUUUCGUAUGGCACGUCCAAGUUGUAGUGUUUGCUGGUAAUGUCAGCUCUGAUUAUGGGCCUUAUUAAAGAUUCUCACAAAUUUUUUAUUAAAAAUUGAACCAGAGUAAUGAUACUACACAGGUACAUGAACAUUGUAUAGCACAAAGGACAGAGUUGUAGUAGUACUUAUAAUGUUAACUCUGACUAUGGGUCUUGUUAGAAAUUUAGAAAUUACAACAAUUUUUUAUUCAAUAUUGGACCAAAGUAAUACUACACGGGUACAACUUAUUGAACAUGUAUAGCACAAAGGACAGGGAAACAAUUGUAGUAUUACUGGUAGGGUCAGCUCUGACCAUGGGCCUUGUUAGAGAUUCCUAAAAAUUUUUUAUUCCAGAUUGGACCAAAUAAAGUAAUGAUACUACACGGGUACAAUUUAUUGAACAUGGUAUAGCACAAAGGACAAGUAGACAGAACUGUAAUGUCUGCUCACAAUCACAAGAAAUCUUUUACCCAAGAUUGGACCAGCGUAAUGAAACUGGUACUACAGACACAUGAACAUUAUUGUACAUGUAUGGCACAAAGACAAGAAGACAGAGCUGUUACAGUAUUAUUACUGGUAGUGUCAUCUCUGAUUGUGGGCCAUGUAAGAAAUUCCAACAAAUUUUGUAACCAAGAUUGGACCAUGUAUAUAUACAUCUACAUGGGCGCAUUAUAGCAUCUUAUGCAAUUAGUUAAAACAGUACAUCAUAGACUGAUAUCAUAAUAUGUGCACAUAGUUAUUUUGUCUCAAUACAUAGUUCCUGUGGCAACAGAGAGUUGGAUUGUGCAUGAGGUGAAUCAUUCACAUUCCGUAAUCCGUAGUAUACACAACUUUUGUGUCUGCUUGGCCCAGAAGUUACUUCUACAUUAUAUAUAUUCUGUACAUACUGUUUAGACAGUCUAAAGUGCCUUGUAAACAUUGCAAUAUAAUAUGAUUAUUAUAUUGCAAUGUCAGAGGUGAAAAUUUAUGGUGCUUCUUUACAGAUCUAUUGUGUAGUCUAUUUUGUCUUGAAUGCUGUUGUCCCUAUCUGUAAUGUUAAAAGAGAUGUGUCUAUGAAGGCCUGUAAAUUUAUGAUUAUAC